AUGGAAAUACAUGUCAGUUAUUAUCCCCAACGUUAUCCUCAUCAUCAUCUCCACUCCUCAUCCUCCUCAUCCUCAUCAUCCUCAUUAUCGAAUAUACAAAUGAUUAAAACAAAACAUUUUGAGAAAUUAUUCAUUCAUAUGAAAAUUAUUACAACAGCAAAUCCUAUAGCAAAAUAUUUUAAUAUUCAUACAAAUAAUUAUACAUUGUAUACAAGUCAACAUAUUGAUCGUGAAGAAUUAUGUAAUCAAGCGAUGUUCAUGACUGACAUGUCGUCUAUACCGGAUUCUUUACGAACAUGUUGUAUUAAUCGACGAAAAGAAUGUAUUUUUCCAUUGAAUAUACUUGUACAGACAAGAAUUGGUAAGGAUGAUACAUUUGCUACUACUACUACUACUACUACUAACAGUAUAAAUAGUAGUAGUAGUAGUAGUAGCACUAUUUCUAAACAUUCAUUUGACAAAGGAAUUAAUCAUGAAUCAUCCCCUAUUACUGAUACGGCAACCGCUGAUAUCAGUAAUAUAGGUAGUAGUAGUAAUAUUGCUGAUGUUGUAAGUAGUAGUUCACGUUCAAAAUUUUUUACAAUUAACAUAAAACUAAUUGAUAUCAAUGAUAAUGCACCAAAAUUUCCAAAUUCUCAAUAUACAAUACAUGUUUCAGAAGGAAUACAUAUUGGAUCCAGAUUACCUUUACCAUUAGCGGAAGAUUUGGAUUGUGUAGAUUAUAAUAUUGUACGUUAUCAACUACUUACACAAGGUGAUGAUACAUUUGAAUUGAUUCAAUUAUCCAAUGAAUUAAUCAAUAAUCUACCUUCAUCAGUUCCAUCUACCUCAAACCAUCAUCAUCAUUAUAAUCAUAAUCAACCAAUCUAUUCAAAUUAUAAUACACAAUUGGAACAUUCAUAUACUUAUCAUCAACAGAAUACAUUAUCAACCAUCAAUCAAUUAUUACCAUAUCAAAAUCGACCAGAACAAUUAUAUUUAAAAGUGAUGAAACAAUUAGAUUGGGAAACUAAACGUAAUUAUCAUUUUAUAUUAAAUGCUGAAGAUAAUGGAUCACCAGCAUUUACCGGUGAAAUGAGUUUAAUGAUAAUUGUUACUGAUGAAAAUGAUAAUCAUCCUAUAUUUCGUAAUAAAAGUAUCAUAAUUAGUGUACCAGAAAAUUCACCUGAAGGUUUACAUCUUAUACAAUUAAUUGCUGAUGAUCCAGAUGAUGGAAAAUCUGGUCAAAUUAUUUAUAGUUUAAUAAAUAAUGAUGUCAACAUUAAUCCACCAUCAUCCUCCUCAUCCUCAUCCUCAUCCUUAUCGUCAUCAUCAUCAUCAUCAUCAUCGCUAUCGAACAGUAUUGAUCAUUCUAAUCAACAUAUUCAUACUACUAUUAAUACUACUACUACUACUACUACUAAUAAUAAUAAUAGUAGUAUUAGUAAUGAUAUAAAGAAAAGUUUAUUUAAAAUUGAUUCUAAAACUGGUUGGUUAAUAAUAAAUGGACAUUUAGAUUAUGAAAUAACAAAACAUCAUCUACUACGUGUUAUUGCUCGUGAUCAAUCUAAUCAUCCAGGAUUUGAUGAAGCAAUAAUUAGUAUUUAUAUUACAGAUCUAAAUGAUAUACCACCACAGAUCACAGUUGAAUCAGUGAAUCGUAUUUCAUCCAGUCAAUCGAUAAAUGAUAAUAAUCAAUAUAAAAAUAAUCAAUUACAAGUAUUUAUCAAUGAAACACCUGGACAUAAUCUAAUCAAUUAUAAAUUAGAAAAUGAACAUAUUCAUGAAUAUACUACUAGUACUACUACUACUACUACUAAUAAUAAUAAUAAUAAUAAGGAUAUUUUAUUACCGACAAUGAUACAAUUAUUAGCAUUUGUUGUUGUAAAUGAUCCAGAUACAGGUUCCGGUGGUACAUUUCAAUGUCAUUUAGAAUCGAAUACAAUAAAUAAUAGUGAUAAAGCAUUUAGAUCCAAGUUAUAUUAUCCGACACAAUAUAGAUUCAAUGAACAAAGUCAUUAUUUAUCAUAUAUUCCAACUACUAGUACUACUAAUACUAUGAGUAGUAGUAGUAGUACUGGUACUAUAAGUCAAAGUUCAAUUGUUGGAAUGUUUCAAUUAAAUCAAAUAUCUAAUUUUAAUUAUGAAUUAAAUACAAUUUAUGGAUUUGAUUAUGAAUUUAGUAGAACAGAAUCAGUUAAAAUUGUAUGCAGUGAUAAUGGGAUACCAAGUCUUACAUCAAGUUAUGUAAUUAAAGUUAUAGUACAAGAUUUAAAUGAUAAUCCACCAGUUUUUUCAAAAGAUUAUCAUAAUUUUUUUAUACAAGAGAAUAGUCCAAUCAAUACAUUGAUUAAUAAAGUAAUAGCAACUGAUGUAGAUAGUGAAAAGAAUGCUGAAAUUAAAUAUCAACUUAGUCAAGAUGGUGAAGAAUACUUUACUAUAAAUCAAUUCGAUGGAAGUAUUUAUACAAAAAUAAUAUUUGAUAGAGAAUUAAAACAAAAUUAUCGAUUUCAAGUCUAUGCUAAUGAUAAUGGUCAACCGAUUGCAUUAACAGCAACCACUACAGUUGAAGUGACUAUUGUUGAUGUUAAUGAUAAUACACCAAUGUUUGUCGGUUUAGAUAGAGAUAAUUGUUAUCAUUUUCGUAUAGCAGAAAAUCAACCACCGAAUACAUAUGUUGGUAUCCUACUUGGUACUGAUAAUGAUAUUGAUGAAAAUGCUCAAUUACAUUUUCGUUUACUUAGUACAACAUCAUAUUUUAAAUUGAAUAGUACUACUGGUGAAUUAACAACAUUACAAUUAUUAGAUCGUGAAAAACAAUCAAAUUAUGAAUUAAUUAUAUUAUUAAUUGAUCAUGGUAAACCAUCACUUUCAUCAACUGUUAAAGUUUAUAUACAUGUUACUGAUUUAAAUGAUCAUAAUCCUAUUGUUGUAUUUCCAGUAAAUGGUAAAGGUAAUAUUACUGUAUCUUAUCGUGAACCACCAGGUGAAAUAGUAGCACGAAUUGAAGCACGUGAUCCAGAUGAAGGACAUAAUUCUUUAUUACAUUUCAAUUUAUAUUCUGGUAAUGAAGCUUCAAUCUUUCGUCUUGGUAGUACAUCAGCUGAAUUAAUAAUUGAUCGUGAAUUAACUAUACAAGAUAUUGGUUUAUAUCCAUUAGUAAUACAUAUACAAGAUGCUGGUAUUCCAUCACGUACGACAGAAGUGAAACUAUUGGUUAAAAUUAUUGAUUCACCACCACGUAUUUAUUCUAAUCGAUUUACCAAUUUACAUCAUACUACAAAUGUAUUAAAUAAUAAUAAUAAUCUAAAAUCAUUAAAUUUACAUCAUCAUUUAAAAGAUAAUCAAUAUUAUCCGUUAUUGAAUGAACAUGGAAAAUUAAUAAAAACAAAUGAUUAUAAUAAUCUUAAUGAAAUAAAUACAUUAAAUACUAGUUCUAUAUUAGUUGCUAUAGUUGCAUUAAGUUGUGCUAUCAUACUUGUAUUAUUAGGUAUUACUGUUUAUGUAUGUGGUCGACGAGGUUUUCAAAGUUUACGUUAUCAUCAUAAUAAUAAUACUAAUAGUAAUAAUAAUAAUAAUAAUAAUAAUAAUAAUAAUGGUAUAAAUGGUCGAAUGCAAUAUCUAUUACGUAAUCAUAAUUCAUUAAAUAACAUAAAAAUAAAUGAUAAUAAAUUUAAUUGGAAAAAUUCAGAAUAUCAUACAAAUCAUCAUCAUCAUAAUAAUAAUAAUAAUACAAUAUUAUAUCCUAAUAAAUCAAUAAUCAAUAAUCAAUAUCCUUCAAAUCAAUCAAUAUUAUUCAAUAAUGAAAAUAAUCAAUACAUUGAUCCAUUCAAUAAUUUAUCAUUUCAAUCAAUAUUAAUUGAAGAAAAUAAUCAAUUAACAAAACAACAACAACAACAACAAAAACAAAAACAAAAACAAAAACAACAACAACAAAAUCAUCAUGAAAAUUAUCAAACAUUUUUACCAUUAAAUUAUCAUAAAACAUUACCAUUAAUAAAUGAUAAACAAUCAAUCUAUUUAACUAUGCCAAUAAAUGAUAAUAAUAAUAAUAAUAAUAAUAAUGAAAAAUAUUGGAUUAUAAAUAAAGAUGAUUAUACAUUACCACAAUAUAAUCAAUAUGAACAAAAUAUAAGUAGUACAUUAAUGAAUUCUAAUUCUGAUUAUAUACAACAAUAUCAUCAUAGUCAUAAUAAUAAUAAUAAUAAUAAUAAUAAUAAUAAUAAUAAUGAUCCAUUGAAUCUAUGUAAAACAAUAAUCAAUGAUGAAAAUUUAAAAAAUAAAUCAAUAUUAUCAACGAAUAUAUCAACAAUCGAUAGAAGAAAUAGUACAAAUACUGUUACCAUGGCAACAGACACUAUGAAUAGUAUCAUGAAUAGUAAUAAUAAUAAUAAUAAUAAUAAUAAUAAUAAAAUGGAUCCUAUUUAUUUUACACAAUCGUUAAAAUUAAAAAAAUCAGAAAAAUUAGAUAAUUCAAUAAAUGUAUUGAAUACAUCAAUUCAUGAUAAUAAUAAUAAUAAUAAUCAUAAUAAUAAUUUAAAUGAAAUAAAUCAAUUAAAAAGUGCUAGAAGUUGGGAAUAUAUUGCAAUACCACAUAAUAAUAAUAAUAAUAAUCAUAAUAAUCAAUCAUUAUCUCCUUUAUCAUCAAGUAAAGAAGAACAUAACAAAUCCAAUGAACAACAAUAUCAAGCUUCAUUAAUUUCUAAUAAUCAAACUAUUACAUCAAGUAAAUCAAUAACAAUUUUAUCACCACAUAAGACAACUAUACAUAAAAUAGAUAAUUGUCUUUCAGUGAAUCCAUCUUUUAGGAUUACUUCAACUUCUUCUAUGACUUCUACACUUUCUACACCUUCUAUUACUACUUCCACUACUACUUCCACUACUACUACUACUACUACUACUACUAGUACGAGUACUAAUACUAAUCCUACUACUACUAAUACUACUGAUUAUACUAUUAUUGAACAAUAUCCUAAUACAUUAUAUACAUUAAAUAAACAAUCUAAUCAUAAUCAUAAUCAUAAUUUAUCUGUAUUAUAUUUAAAUCAUUCACCACAUAUGAUUGAUCAUUAUCAUACAUCUUUAUUAUCAAAUCAAUUAACUAAUAAACAAAUCAAUAAAUCAAUAGAAAAAUAUAAUCGAUCAAUCACACCAAUCAAUUUAAUUGAUUUUAUUGAUAAACAAUUAUAUGAUAAAACAUUUGAUCAAUGUGAUACAAUUAUAGAUAAUUCAAUAAUCAAUAAUUCUAAAUAUUCAAUUGAUCAUAAUCAUAAUCAUAAUCAUAAUACAUUGAUGUAUGGGAUAAACAAUCCACAACAACAACAACGACAACAACAACAGCAACAGCAACCGAACUCUUCACAUUAUGAUCCAAAUAAUGAUAAUAUUUCAUCAAUUUCAACUGAUUUUGUUUAA